AUGUCUACUGGUCCGUACGUCAACACCGCUCACAAUACCAACUAUGGAGUCAAGGCCAGCAAUGGCACCAUGGGCAUUCUUUGCUCCGGUACGAAGGUUUUGAUCAUUCUCCGCCGGCGCAAAGACAAGGACGUUCGAGAGAAUGGUCCCCCAGACACUUGGUCCUUUCCGGGUGGCGGCCUGGAAGCAGACGAGACACCAGAGCAGUGUAUCGUGCGUGAGAUGAGGGAGGAACUCGCGGUGGAUGUAGUCAUCAAGCCCAUCGGUGAUGAGCCAGCGUGGGGUAUGACCGACGAUGACAUAAACGGAAAACUAUGGCGGUGCACAUUCUUUGUCGUGGAACAGGUCAAUCAUAGCCAGGAAGUUAAGAUCAAUGAACCGACGAAGCACGUUGCUCUCGAAUGGGUCGAAUGGACUGAGCUAUGGGCUAUGAUUAAAGCUGACAUAGAGGGGGGCGGCGAGGCUGACGAAUCCGGACAAAGGAUGUCUUUCUUCGCGACUAUGAAGAACAUGGUCUUGAAAUACCCCGGUCGAUUCGCAAAGCAGCCCAUGACCAAUCCAUCACCCACAUCCCGGACUCUCACGUGGCACGAUAUUCCUGAGUGGCGGCAAGACAACAAGUACAUCCUCGCCGGCUAUCGCCCGUUGGAAGAAGACGAUCUACAAGUCAUCAAAAGUCUUACUUUCUUGCACAAUGAGACCUGCAACGUUGUAUUUUGCGGAUCUGCCACCGCGGCUCUCAUCUCCAUACCCAAGUUCAGGACGUUGCGAUGGCGUAAAGUGAGGGUCGGCGCCUACAUAGCGCUCGGUGCAUCUGCUUUUAUCCCCUUGCUGCACGGCGUACAGGUCUAUGGGUUAGAAUAUAUGCUCGAGUAUUCAGGCAUGGAAUGGUAUCUUGCUGAGCUCCUUCUGUACGGAGGGGGCUGCGGCUUUUAUGCAGUACGAACAUCUCGUCCCCCCCCCGGCCUUUCCAUGUCGAGGGAGCCACCUCUGACCUACGAAAACAGUUCCGAAUCCCUGAGCGCUUUGCACCAGGCUAUUUCGACAUCUGGUUAA